UUACCUUUAUUUUUUUUGUUUUCCUACUUCUCUGAUAAUCGUUUUCAUUAUCUUAGUUUAUUACUCUGAAUUGAAAAAAAAAUUAUAUUAAUAUAAAAGAUUUUUUUAUUAAAAAAAUGGCAAAAGCAUCCGUUUUGGUAGAAUUUUUCUAUGAUAUCAUAUCGCCUUAUUCUUAUUUAGCUUUUGAGGUAUUGCAAAGAUAUAAAAAUAUAUGGAGAAUUGACCUUAAAAUGAAGCCUAUGUUGUUAGCUGGAGUUAUGAAGAGUUCAGGAAAUUCCCCACCUGCAGUCGUGCCAAAUAAGGGUGUGUAUAUGGCACGAGAUUUAAGGAGACUUCAAGCAUAUUUCCAGGUCCCUUUAGUUUUACCUGAUAAUUUGAUGGAUAUUAUUAUGAAAAAAGGAUCAUCAUUAAAUGCUCAAAGAUUUUUGACUGCUGUAAAUAUCCAUAAACCAGAAUAUGUUGAAUCAAUAUCAAGGGCCUUAUGGUUGCGUUUAUAUAAAGAGCACACAGACAUUACAGAAGUAAAAAGCUGUAAAGAGGCUGGUCGAGCAGCAGGAAUGGACCAGGAAACUCUUGAAAAAUGUAUACAGAUGCUAAAUGACCCUCAAGUGAAAGAAGGACUUCGAAAAUGCACAGAAGAGGCUUUAAAUUAUGGGGCCUUUGGAGCCCCUAUGAUUGUUGCUCAUAUUAAUGGAAAGCCAGAAGUAUUCUUUGGUUCUGAUCGUUUUGAACUACUUGCAUAUGUUUUAGGUGAAGAAUGGUUAGGACCUGUUCCCCAAGCUUCAUCAAAGUUGUGAAUUGUAUGUGUAACUGUUUUACUAUAUUUACAUAUCAAACAAAUGUUGCUGUUGUUCAAAGUUUAUAAUUGUAUUUUUUUAUAUUCUUUUUGUAAUAUAUUUGCUUACACAAAACAAGCACUGAAGUUUUAAUUUCCUGUAUAAAGAAAAUAUUUACACUGCUAACAUUGUAUGUUUUUUAAUAUAAUAAUAAAUAUUGCCUGUUGAAAUCAAA